GAUGGGCGGGUCGUAGGUUGCCACCUGUUCAAGAGAACGGUAUAGUUGCAGCCCGGACGUUCAGCCGAGAAUUCGCCACUUGUUGGAUUUUUCUGUGGAUCGUGCAAUCGUAAUCGCAAAGAUGCGUUCAGAUUCACGGAACAACGUCGAGGAAACGAACUUUGGGAGCAGCAUAAUGACGGCAGGGAUGACGUGUCGCAAGUCCUCAAGAACGUCCUGUCAACGAGAACUCGAACUUACCGACUCGUCGUCGAUCAGCGAUGAUACGUGUACCGGGUCGGAUGGACAAGGUCGGAACGGCAGCGGGGCAAUUAGGUCCGGUAACCGAAGGAAGCGCAAGUCCAGUGGCAAAGACAAGAAUGUCCGGAGACUAGAAAGCAAUGAGAGGGAAAGACUGCGAAUGCACAGCAUCAAUGAUGCCUUUCAGUCCCUCAGGGAGGUGAUACCACACGUCAAAAAGGACCGGCGGCUGUCAAAAAUCGAAACUCUCACUUUGGCCAAAAACUACAUCAUAGCCCUGACAAAGAUCAUAUGUGAAAUGAGAGGCGAACUGGAUCCAUUCAAGGACUCGCAGGAAGAAUCCGGUGGUGCAGCUGUGUCCUCAGCCUCCACGAACACAGGGCCAUCGUCGUCUAUAGCGGCGGCAACAGCUGCGGCGGCCGAAAUCGACAGACGGCUACAAUUAGCGUUACAAAACUCUGACGAAUCAAUGGACCUUUCUUAAUGGACGACGAAGCAGCCUCCUGUGUGGCCGCCACCAUCAUGACCACAAAUCCAUCGCAACCACCACCAACCGUACUUACAUAUUAUAAUUUGCUUAUCUAUAGUAUGUAAGAUACUUAUAAAGAUGUGUAGAUACAACUCAAAAGUCAGUUUUCUCCGUUUCUAUCAUUUCAUAGCCCAUAGGUAUACACACGAAAACGUUUUCCUCAACCAAAAAUCAUUAAUAAUAAUAGUGUAGGUACCUAUCUGUAGUCGCAUGUUACAGAUAAUGUCCCAAUUGGCCAUAGCUUUUUAGUUUUUACACAAAGGGUUAUCAAUCAACAACUAGUUUUCUAGUCAGUAAAAAAAAUCGAAACACCAAUACACGCUAAUAACUAUUAAUUAUAACUAUUUUAUUAUUAUUAAACUAUAUUUUAGACAUAGAAAAAAUAUUAUAAUUUUAUGUAAAACGUAUAAAAUGGCAUUAUUUUUGGAUUCAUAUAAUAUAGUAGGUAAUAUAUAAGUAUUUGUCUAUAUUACAUUCAUUUAUGAAGGUCUAUGUAACUUAAUGUCUGUAUGAAAUACAGUUAUGAUCAUUACAUGAAAUAAUAUAACAAUAAUAUUUUAUCGUACCUAUGCGAUACGAAAUUAAUUAUUUAAUUUCAUCCACCUCGUCCGUGUUUGAUAUAUUCAUCAAAUUGUAAAACAUAAAUGGCAACUAAAAAAAUAGUGAUUAUAAGCUCGUAAUUAUCAUGAUUUAAAAAACCUUUAGAAAAUUCAAAAUAAUAAUGGAUUUCAAGGUGCUCAAAUAAAAACUAAAAUCCUCGUUAAUUUAAAUUUAUAUACUCUGACUUUCUCUGUUUCCUUCCAUUUAUUAUACAUGUGACAUACCCCAUCUCCUUAAAAUAAUACGUCACAAUUGAAUUUAAAUAAAAAAUAAAGUUUUCAUAAACACUAAUAAAAUAUUAUCGUUAUUAAUUAAUUUAUCUCAAAGAAGAAUACUGAGCCUGUAGAACCCUGCUAGAAGUAGGUAUGUCUUCCGGAGGGCCUGAAUGGUUUAAAGUGUUUAAACGCAAUAGAUAACUAUUUAUUAUAAUAAUCAAUGAGUAUAAAUAGUAUUAUAUGUUUAUUUUUUAGACAUAUUUUAUCUUUAUGUAAAUUACAAGGUUUAAACCAUACAACUAUAAUACAAGUGUGUUUAUAUAACUGUAUUAUUUAUGGUGGAUAAUAAAAUAAUACAGAUAAACAAUGUGUCAGUAAAAUAUGGUUAUUGUUUAACUAAUAUUGAAUUGUAUUGAUGUAUAAAUAAUACUUUAUAACAUAUUAUAUAUAUUUCUUAGGUCAAUAUCUUAUAUAAUACCUAUUUUAUUUAUAAAACCCGUACCGGAAUUUUUAAAACUUUUUGAACUCUGGGUUUCCUGUGUACCUAAAAAAAUAUUCUGGGGGUCCUAAAAAACAUGCCACUAAGAUUCUUACUUAUUUUUAUUAAAAAACAAAUGUUUUAUUAUUUAUGAUGUAUAGAAAUUUAAACAAAUCUUUAGCUGUCCAAAUAAUCCUUAAGAUAUUUCUAUAGUUCUAAUUCGUGAUCUAGUCAUCUGAGCGCGUCACUAAUAUUAUGCUAACUAUUCUGUUUAUGCCAUUUGGCAUUUAUGGUACUUCGAUAUCCGCAUAAUGUCGAGGAUAGGUACUGUUUUAAGUCGACGGCGCCCUGGUUUACAACAACGUAAAGCCAUAAAGGUAAUAUAUUACGGGGUACCUAACUCGUAUACGCCUACUAGUCGAUGUAUGAUGAAAGCUUUUAUUACCCGUUUUUUAUUUCUUGGAAUAACAUU